UUUAAUCUUUCAGCAAAUAUAUAUCGUAGGAUUAGGGCACUUUUUUGAUCCUUUUUUUGGCAGAACAACCCGUUACAACCAUGAUAGUGUUACGUUUAGGUUGUUGGUGCGCGUUGGAGGAUCAGCAUAACGUUGAAGUAAAAAUGCUUUGUCCGCUACAGGUGGCGAUUUCAGAAAAACCUUCAAUACGAGUCAAUAUUAGUCAGUGCCACGAACUUAUCCCACACAGCGUAACAUUCGCGAAAGGAAUUAUGGGCGACGCGAAGGAUUCGCAGGGAAGCAAUGGAAUAUUGAGCUCUUCUAACAUGUGGCUAGCAUCGGGAGCUUGUUUGGGUUUCGCGCUUGGCUGGAUUCUGCGGGGAAGAACCGGGUCGUCUGUAUUUCGGAAAAUCCGUACAGUUGCGAAUUAUGCAGCUGCGCAUGGAAAUGUGCCGCAAACUAAACUCGUCCUGGUGGCUCGUGGCGAUCUGGAUAUGUCAAGAGGAAAAUUAGCAGCUCAUUGCGCCCACGCCGCAGUUGGGGCCGUGGAAAAUUUUAACGCUGAUCGUGCGAUUUUACAGCUAUGGCUGAGUACCGGACAAGCUAAAGUGGUGCUGCGAGGACGUGAUGCCAAACAUUUGAACGAUAUCGAAGCUACUUGCAAGGCCAGCGGGUUAAAUGCAUUUUUGGUGCACGACGCUGGUCGUACGGAACUGGCAGCGGGAACGUCCACUGUCUUGGCUGUCGGACCAGCAGAAGUGCAGAAGAUCGACACCGUUACUCGAUCCCUGAAACUGCUAUGAACAGACGGUAUAUUAUUGCUUGUUGGCAAAAUGAAGCCCGAGCUGACUGACUGGAUCAUUAUCCAUGUUUCCAUUGUCCGUACGCCAAAACAGGCGAAAUCCGAAGAUCUUGUUCUGGAACGCCUAUUAGAAGACGCCGAAGCCAAUCUGCAGUGG